UCACUGCCAUACACAGCAGAGAUGACAGAGCUGGAGGAGGAUGAAAACGAACAGCAUCCUCUCGACCCUGAAGUGAUGAACGGAUUACAGAGCAGUUCUUAGAUGAUGGUGUUACAGAAGCAGACCUGGGCUUACUGCAACACAUCUAUUAAUUAUGCUUUGGGCCACACCAGAUGCCAAUGAAUAACUGGAGGGAUUAACGAAUGCCUUAGUUUGCUUAUCUCAGGCUUCCACUGGAAUCGGCGUGGGAUUGGUCCAGUGAAAGCCUGGGUUCCCUGGACUCUGAGAGGGCUGGAUCACAGGAUUGAAGGAGAAUGGAUCCGACCUGAGAGGGCUGAACAGAGGAUGGCCGGGCAGUCCGGUCCCGUGCUCUCUGUGCCAGAUGACACCCACCACAACCUCAACCACUCCCUGUGGGGGCCCACCGUCCCGGGCACCGGGGUGGUGACCAGCUCCCAGUCCCAGCUCCAGGACCUGCUGGGCCUGUUCUGCAUGGUCACCCUGAACCUGAUCGCGCUGCUGGCCAACACGGGGGUCAUGGUGGCCAUCGCGCGGGCGCCGCACCUCAAGCGCUUCGCCCUGGUGUGCCAUCUGUGUGCGGUGGACCUGCUGUGCGCCAUCCUGCUCAUGCCCCUCGGCAUCAUCUCCAGCUCGCCCUUCUUCGGCAGCGUGGUCUUCACCGUGCUCGAGUGUCAGGUCUACAUCUUCCUCAACGUCUUCCUCGUCUGCCUGUCCGUCCUCACCAUCACGGCCAUCAGCGUGGAGCGCUACUUCUACAUCGUGCACCCCAUGCGCUACGAGGUCCGGAUGAGCAUCAACCUGGCCGUGGGCGUCAUGCUCUUCAUCUGGCUCAAGUCGGCGCUGCUGGCGCUGGUCACGCUGUUCGGCUGGCCCGCCUACGGCAACCACAGCUCCAUGGCCGCCGCCCACUGCUCGCUGCACUGGAGCCACAGCCGGCUGCGCAGGGUCUUCGCCGUGCUCUUCAGCGUGCUGUGCUUCCUGCUGCCCGCGCUGGUCAUCUUCGCCGUCUACUGCGCCGUGUACAAGGUGGCGCGCUCGGCCGCCAUGCAGCAGCUCCCCCCCGCCGCCGCCGCGUCCGCGGCUACCGCCGCGCCCGCCUGGGCCAACCCGGCCAAGGGCCGCUCGGACUCGGUCGACAGCCGAACCACCAUCAUCGCCGCCGUCGCGGCCCGCCGCCUGUCCCCCGAGCGCGCCUUCAGCGGGGGCAAGGCGGCGCUCACGCUGGUGCUCAUCGUGGGCCAGUUCCUGCUCUGCUGGCUGCCCUACUUCAGCUUCCACCUGCGGACCUCGCUGAGCGCUGCCCCGCCGGGCCCCGGGGUCAUGGAGGAGGCCGUCACCUGGCUGGCCUACUCGUCCUUCGCCGUCAACCCCUUCUUCUACGGCAUGCUGAACCGGCAGAUCCGCGAGGAGCUGGUCAAGUUCCGGCGCUGCUGCCGGACGCCGCGGCUGGAGCUCACGGCCUCCAGCCACGAGGGCUCGCUGCAGGAGAACUUCCUGCAGUUCAUCCAGAGGACCAACGUCACGGCCACCACCACCGCCUCCGGCUGCCUCACCAGCAGCCCCCGGACCACGGCGACGGGGGCGGCGGGGGCGGCGCUGCACCUCCCGGGGCAGAUCCCCGAGGAAGGGGCUUCGCCCGGGGACAGCCCGCCAGGGAGCCAGGGGGGAGACGGGUGACUUGGGAGACGAGACGGGGGAGACGGGACGGGGGAAGACGGGACGGGGGAAGACGGGUGACUUGGGGGACGGGGCAGACGGGGACAGGGGAGAUGGGACAGGGGAGACGGGUGACACCUGCGUACAGGAAGGGGUCACCUGGGUACAGUAAGGGGUCACCUGGCUUGAUGGUCGACAUGAAGCGGCGGGUUUAUCUCCAGAUCUUAGUGUUGUUCGAUGCCCACUGCAGUAUCGUUGGUUGUUAUAACGGGUCAUAUGCAUAUGGCUUCAUUCUUGAUAUUCGACUUAACGUCAUAGAGUUGUAUUUUAAUGGUAAAUGUUUGAUUAAUUGGAAGAUUCUUUAUAUGUUUGUAGACGUGUGGAAAUGUGCAGAUGUUUGAUGCUAGUUUAUAACCAAAAUAACAUGAAAAUGACAGAGUAGGCGUUUUUAAAAUGACAUUGUAUUAAUGGGGUGACACACUGCAAUAGGAUCCUGUUUAGAUAACAACGCCUAAAUAAAACCUAUAUUUUUGGC